ACUGUAAUCUGCACUAUCAUUUGAUUGGCAGUGAAAACUCUAUUAACUUCCUGGAGUAUGACACAGGGGCUUUCCAUGAGCUGUUGCUACUUAAUUUUGUUCUGGUUUUCGAUCGACAAGAUGUCAACACAAGGGCAGCAAACAGAAAAACAAUACGACCCAAAUGAUCAGACUCUGAAAUUUGUGAAAGGGAAGGAUGAAAUUACAGGAGAUGACGACCCUAAUAUUUUAAGAGCAGAAAUGUCCUGUGGACAUGCAGUGGAUCCAAAUUCGCUCACUGCUUGGUGCCGAAGCCUUCUAGAUCAGGGUCAGUAUAAGUUCUUCUGUCCAGCACUGAAGGAUGGAAUGACAUCAAAAUGUGGAGCAGAAUGGUCAUAUCAAGAAGUUCGCAAAUUGGCUGUACUGAGCUGUGAAGAACAAUUAUAUUUUGAGGAAACAGUUGCUCAACUGGCUGCCGCUGAAUAUUGUGAAUAUAAAUCAUGCCCAGGAUGUAAAACGUUUGUUAAACGCUGUGAUCUGACAAAUCUGAGUGUCAGAUGCAGCAUCUGUACCACAGAGAGAGGAAGUGUCUAUGACUUCUGUUGGCAAUGCAUGAACACGUGGAAGGGACAUGGCCCACGAUCUGAUCGGUGUGACAAUGAAGGCUGCAACAACCAAGAACUCGAAAUACUAAAGAAUUGUCCGUUAAUGAACUUACCAGAAACAGAAGUGAAACAAUGCCCUUCCAUUCGUGCUUGCCCAACCUGUGGCAAACUUAUUGAACAUAACCAAGUGGGAUGUAAAAAUAUAACAUGUUGCAGAUGUUAUGUUGAAUUUUGCUUUGCCUGUCUGGAGGUUACCACUGAAUGCCUGAAAAGCAGACCAAAUUCAUGGUUUGGUAUCUGUGCCAAAGCGAUUGCCCCAAGGCAAACAUCAAUUCCAACCUGGAAUCGACAUGGAUGAAAUACAAUCUUACCCUUAAAUAUAUUUCAAAAUAUGACAUUUAUAUUAACAGUCAGGUUAAUAUAUAUAUUAACAGAUGGUGCAAAAUCAUCCUAUACCAAUUAUAUGAAUUUGUAUGUAAGGUAUAUUUGCCUGGGUACCCAUACUAUGGCCUCUCAUAUGGUGAGAAUGGAAAAAUGUGGAGGAAAUAAUUUCUCAUGAUGGCGUAAAAUUAUAAAUCCCAAAUAAACAAUAAAUAUAUUUGUUCAAUGUUA